GCGGUACCGGUGCCAAAUCUCGCGGGAGGAGGGGUUGACAUGGUAACGGUUGACUCCGAGUCCGAAUCCUAGGCAGGACGGGGAAGCCGCGGGACGAAAGUCGGCCUCUGGGAUGGCGUGAACCCGAUCUUUCCUGCGGGGGCUGUUGUGGACAGGAAACCCUAGCCUUACUGCUGUCUUGUUGCUAAGAUGGUACCUCCCAAGAAGGGGCUGCAACAACAUGGUCCCCAGAAAAUUGCACAGACUAAAUUGAGGCCUCCAUCAGCCAACUGGAAUGUAUUAGCAGGAAGAACUCAGUGUAUAGCACCUGUUGGGGCCUGGGUAGAGAGCGCCCAAGAUGAUGGAGAAGAGAGCCCAGCUUUUGCCACAGCUAUUCAGGUUGAAAAAGUAUACAAAGAACAACAAAAAGAAAAAGAAAAAACAUUGAAACGCUUUCAGCAGGAAGUAAAACACAGGGUGAACCAACGUGUUAAUCUAAAGAGGAAACAACAGUUGAAGACCUCUUACGAAGCUGCCCUGAAAGAAAGCUCUGUUAUUAUAGGGUUUUCAGAUUCUGCGUUGCGGCUGACCCCUAAGAAAAAUACAUGCCUCUACAGAUAUACCAGGGAUUCUGCCAUUGGCAAUUCUAAUGACAAAGUCGCCUAUCUACAACAAGCUGAUUAUGAACCGGAGCAGUUCUCAGAGCUAGCCAAAACUGUAAGGAAAACGGUGCAACAGGUCCGUCACAAACUGGCUUCUCGAAAAGCUAUUCCAGAAGGAAAUGUUUCAGAACAUCCAGGAGAUGCUCGUCAGAAUCCUCCAAAAAGACAGAACUCAGAACCUUGCAACACAACUGCUCUAAGCCCAGAAGAGGGUGAUAUGGGAGAACUUCCUCUGAAGGGACACCAUGAUCUUCCAGCAGAACUUCAAGAACAAGAGGGAAGGAAUUGGGACAACACAGAAUUUCAAAAAGUAAAUAAUGAGGCCUUGAAAGGUAAUGAUCCAGCUGAUACUGAGGCUCAGGCUGUUCAUAUAUUCUGGCCUGGAAUGGAGGAGGAACAAUCGAAGAAGCAGCACCAAAGCCAGUAUCUGAGGUAUAGGCGCCUCUUCAUGGAUAUCGAAAGAGAACAAGUGAAGGAACAGCAAAGACAGAAGGAAUGGCAGAGGAAAAUGGACAGAAUUAGGAAAGAAAAGGAGUAUCGGCGCCGUGCAGAGGAACAGAGGAUACAGGAAGCACAGCGAGCAAAGGAGAAAAGGACACAGGAGAUGGCUUCACAAAAAAAUGCUAAGCCCAGGGGAAAAACAUGUGAAAAACUACAACAAUUGAAAUUGGAAGACCCAGAAGAAAAGAAAAAACUAGUGGAAAGAGUACAAAAAAAUAAAGAAUAUUCUAGAUACGUGGAAGCAUUACGAGCCCAGAUGCAAGAGAAGAUUGACAUGUAUAAUAUACAUUUGCCUCCUUUGUGCUUCUGUGGGUCAGAUUUCUGGGACACUCAUCCCGAUAGCUGUGCCAACAACUGUAUGUUCUACAGAAACCACAAAGCGUAUGCUCAAGCUCUGCAAAAUGUCAUCUCAUCUUGCGAUAUUUUGGACGGGGGCUCAAACACGAGGCUUUCCGUCCAUACAUUUGCUGUGGUACAUGCUCGUUCUAAGAAUUCCUGAUAGAAAAUUAUGAAAUCGGUGCCUCCUUCUCAACCUUGUCUAGGUGCCUAUGAACAUAUCACUCCUGAAUUUUAUCCUGGGUUGGAUUAAAAUAAUAAAUUCAGAAGGGAAGUCUUCUCACAUUUGUUUACUUUUCCAAGACUAAUCAUCUGUGUUUUGUUUUCGACAAGAUACGGAUUUGUCAAAAUUCUUGGUUAUUUGUUCAUGGAUGGGACACGUUCUUAGAUCAAUUUUGUGCCCAGCCAGAUUUGUAUCUGUCAGCUUAUCAGACUUGUUGUGCCCAAAGUUUAGGUAGGUUUUGUGCUUUGGGGGUGGGAUAUGAUAUUGAGAUAUAUUCUGUCUUGUGUUGGAUUUCAAACCAAGAUACCUGCUUCCUCCAAGAUUUGUAAAAUGUAAAGCUUGGUCUUUAGGAAAACUUUUGAAAGGGAUUACUCCAAAAGAACAGAACUGUUACUAAUCAUGACAAUGUUUAGUCAGUGUCAAGACAUGAAGGAAUAUUCACAUUGAAGAAACUGAGAAGGUAACUCAGUUUCUAGAAUAAAAUGAAUUGAGUCUCUCCUACAGAACUUAUUUCUAAUUUGAUGUUGGCUGUAGACUGAGAGUUUUGUGAUUUGCCCAUUUGACAUAGAACAACUAAGAACCUUGAAGUGACACACAUGUCUAUGCAUUUUUAUUAUUAUUUGGAUACAUAUUUGAACAAGAAAUACCUCUGAACUCUUUAUAUUUAAAAAGUGAAAUUUUAAAACUGAGUCUCUGGUGCAUGUUGACCAAGAAGGUUGUUAUGUCAGCUUGUCCAAUUUUAAAGCUUUGCAGAUAUAAAUGUUAGGUAACGUGCAGAGAAACAGUUCUUGAUCCCAACAUACUCCAAUAAAAAUGUUUUAUGUUUUAUAUCCAAGUAUCUAUUGUCAAUUCUGCUUAUCUGUUGUGAAUUCUGGGAAUAACAACAUAUGAAAAAGAUUUUCUGCCAAACCAUGUCUGCUUCUUGUAAAUUGAAUUGCAUAUAAAAAUGAUGUAGCGAUAGAAAUUGAGGCGAUUAUAACAUAUAAUUGCACUUUUAAUGUCUAUGUGUUUUUCCUGCAACACGUGAUGGUAUAAAAAUAGUUUCAGAUGCUAUAUUCGUUCAUUGUUUAACCAAGAUUUUUAAAUAACAAAAUAGUAUUGACUUAACAGUGUUCCAAAUUGCAUUACAGGUGCAAAACCGCUUCCAGUUAUUACCACUAUAGUUGAUAAUGUUGGUUACUAGAAUCUUGAAAAAAAACAAAAUAAGUAUUAAAUCCUCAAUAGUGAAAAUAUUUGCUACUCUUCUUUUCUCUUCCGUAGAUGUAUUAGACUUCCAGAAUUAAUAUGCAGGCUUAUGGUUUCUUAAAAUAUCUGUAUCAUGUUCCACUGAUAAAAUAGGAAAAUAGCAUAGAUUUUUAAGUCCCCAUAAAGCAUAUUAACUUUAUCCUUGGAUUUUAUUUAAAUGGUAGUAUUAAAACAGGAUUAUUAACAGUUAAAAACCUUGCUUCAGUCUAGUUAAUGGUUAUAGCAAGUCUUUAUGUCUUUUCAGAUAGUUCAUUUCCAAGGGCAGUCUAGUCCUGUAACUUUAGUACCAUUUUAAAGCUCAAUAACUUUCUAAAUGGGUGGAAAAAAUACAUCUGUAUUUAGUUAUCUUGGCUUUUUCCUACUAAAGAUCUGUACUCUGGUAUAUAUUAUACUUUGCAAAAGUUGUAUUGGAAACUUACAUCUUCACCUAUAUUUCUAUCAUAGAAUUAGACUGCUGUGUCAUUUCUCUAAAUUACAUUCUUUGUAAGUUAGCACAGAGUGUCGGUAACAAUGUAAAAAAAUAUGAUUCUCUAUUGAAACAGCUACAUUUUAGGUACAAUAAAAAGCAAAUGCAAGGUAAAACAAGAAUGAUAUCAAAUGAGACUCCUGUUCUCCUCAACUCUUAAUUUUAUUUAUUUUUAUUGUAUUUUUAUAAUGUUUUACAUUUUAAAAUUUUUUUUAAUCCUAAACUAUUCAGUUGUUAAUAUUUUAAUUUAUUGCCUGGUCAACAAGACAAUAGAUUUACCUCUGGGAUCCAAUUUCAUUCAGACUGCUAUGGAUCUCAAACCAAGAAUGUGCAAUAUGAAUUCAGAUAAAGCCAGCCAUAAUACUAGACUGCUUUGAAAGCAUGAGCUGGUUCACACAAGAAGCAAAAUAUAAUGGGGUUGGGUUGGAAUGGGUGUGUUCUGUGAAUCCAGCCCUUGUUUUUUAUGGCAUGGUGUUUCGGAGGAACAUUUUUACAAUGUAUUUAUAUUGUAUUUUUACCUUGGUUUGGCCACCCAGAGUUACUUUUGUGAGACAGGUGGCCGUAUAAAUAAAUAACAUGCUUAAAUUUUGGUUGUAUGCUAUUAGAUGGAUACAUGUGGUAGCAAGGGUCAGAAUCUCAAGAAUUCAAGAGAUGGAAGAACUUUAAACAAAAAUAAAAGCUUAGAUUUGGCUCAUAGCCAUACUGAAAAAUCUCUGUCUGAUUUCUGAUGGCUGAUUUCCACUGCCUGUACAACAUGGUGGACUAUGUCAAUAAUACUAUAUUGGAUCUGGAAUGUUUAUGCUAUAAAAUGUGGAAUUUAUUGGCUGGGUGUCCGCACCCACC